CGACGGGAGGUAGCGUCGUUGGCGUCCGCUCGACGCUUGAUCCCGAGAGUGUGUCCAGGACCACCCGCUCAGAUCAGGGACAACCGUGUAGACGAACAGAAGCGAGUGGCAGUGAGGACUGGCGGCCGGCGCCAGAACUCUGCGGGCGGGAAGCACCCAGAAUCGGAGAAGCCCCGAUUGGGGCGCCUCCUUCACCCUAGGGGCCGCGGCGACGGUCACGGGGCGCGGCGCCACCGUGCGCGACCCAGGCCAGGAUUGUAAACCGACGCCCAAGCUCCUCCUCCGCCGGGGCCGCCUCACCUCCAGGCAGCACCGCGUCUCCUGCCCGGGCGUGGAAGGCACCUGCUCCUCCUCGCUGUCGGGUCUCCGCCCCUCGUCCCCCCAGCGCCAGGCCCGGGCUGCUCACCUGGACGAGCGCAGGCAGCGUGAGCCGGGCGCGACGCCCUUGCCACGGUCCCGGGAGGACGCAGGUGGAGCGGGCGCGGCUUCGGGGAACGCAGCGCCGGCCGUCACGGGGUCGGCUCGGGCAGGAGCCGCCGCGGGCUGGACACAAUGAACAGCAGCAGCGCCAACAUCACCUAUGCCAGUCGCAAGCGGCGGAAGCCGGUGCAGAAAACAGUAAAGCCAAUCCCAGCUGAAGGAAUCAAGUCAAAUCCUUCCAAGCGACAUAGAGACCGACUUAAUACAGAGUUGGACCGAUUGGCCAGCCUGCUGCCUUUUCCCCAAGAUGUUAUUAAUAAGUUGGACAAACUCUCAGUUCUCAGGCUCAGUGUCAGCUACCUGAGGGCCAAGAGCUUCUUUGAUGUUGCAUUAAAAUCCUCCCCCACUGACAGAAAUGGUGGUCAGGAUAACUACAGAUCACAAUUCAGAGAUGGCAUGAACUUGCAAGAAGGAGAAUUCUUAUUACAGGCACUGAAUGGCUUUGUAUUGGUUGUCACUACAGAUGCUUUGGUCUUUUAUGUUUCCUCUACUAUACAAGAUUACCUGGGGUUUCAGCAAUCUGAUGUCAUACAUCAGAGUGUGUAUGAACUCAUCCAUACUGAAGACCGAGCUGAAUUUCAGCGACAGCUACACUGGGCAUUAAAGCCUCCCCAGCCUAUAGACUCUGGACAAGGAAUGGAUGAAGCCCAUGGCCUUUCACAGCCAGGAGUCUAUUACAGCUCAGACCAGCUUCCUCCAGAAAAUUCUUCUUUUAUGGAGCGGUGCUUCAUAUGCCGGCUAAGGUGUCUGCUGGAUAACUCAUCUGGUUUUCUGGCAAUGAAUUUCCAAGGAAGGUUAAAGUAUCUUCAUGGCCAGAACAAGAAAGCAAAAGAUGGAUCCAUACUCCCUCCUCAGCUGGCUUUGUUUGCAAUUGCAACUCCACUUCAACCACCAUCCAUACUUGAAAUUCGUACCAAGAAUUUCAUCUUUAGAACCAAACACAAACUAGACUUUACACCUACUGGUUGUGAUGCCAAAGGUCAGAUAGUUUUAGGAUACACUGAAGCAGAGCUGUGCACCAGAGGAUCAGGAUAUCAGUUUGUCCAUGCUGCCGACAUGCUGCACUGUGCUGAACUCCACAUCCGGAUGAUUAAGACUGGAGAAAGCGGCAUGACAGUUUUCAGGCUCCUUGCGAAACACAAUCGUUGGACGUGGGUCCAGUCUAAUGCACGCUUAGUUUAUAAAAAUGGAAGACCGGAUUAUAUCAUUGCGACUCAGAGACCUCUAACAGACGAAGAAGGAAGAGACCACUUACAGAAACGAAGUAUGACUCUGCCUUUUAUGUUUACCACUGGAGAAGCUGUGCUGUACGAGAUAGCCAGCCCUUUUCCUCCUGUUUUGGACCCCUUACCAGUAAGGACUAAGAGCAGCACUGGUGGAAAAGACUGUGCUACCAAAUCGACUCCAAGUACUGAUUCUCCUCACCCCACUUCCCUCCUGAGUUCCAUGAUGCAACAAGAUGAGUCCAUUUAUCUCUAUCCCGCAUCAGUUGCUGCACCUUUAGAAAGAAAAAUGUUUAGUGAAUCUAUAAGUGAAUGCAGUAAUUGGCAAAACAGUAUUGCACCAUUGGGAAAUGAUAAUAUCCUGAAGCAUGAGCAAAUUGGACAGCCUCAGGAAAUAAACUCAGCACUCUCUGGAAGUCACACAGGGCUCUUUCCAGAUAAUAAAAAUAGUGAAUUAUACAGCAUUAUGAAAAACCUAGGCAUUGAUUUUGAGGAUAUCAAACGCAUGCAGAAUGAGGAAUUUUUCAGAAGUGACUUUUCUGGUGAAGUUGACUUCAGAGACAUUGACAUAACGGAUGAAAUCCUGACAUAUGUCCAGGAUUCCUUAAAUAAGUCUACCUUCCUGAAUUCAGCUUACCAAGAGCAACAGCCUAUGGCUCUGAGCUCAAGUUGUAUGCUACAGGAGCCCCUGCAGUUAGAGCAGCAGCAGCUGCAGCACCAGCAAAAGCAGGUAGUACUGGAGCCGCAGCAACAACUGUGCCAGAAGAUGAAGCAUAUGCAAGUUAACAGCAUGUUUGCAAAUUGGAACUCGAGCCAGUCUGUGCCUUUCAGUUGUCCUCAGCAAGACUUACAGCAGUAUCAUGUCUUUCCAGACUUACAUGGGACUAAUCAAGAGUUUCCCUACAAAGCUGAGGUGGACACUAUGCCUUACACACAGAACUUCGUUCCCUGUGAUCAGUCUGUAUUACCACAACCUUCCAAAUGUACACAGUUGGACUUUCCUGUGGGGAAUUUUGAACCAUCCCUAUACCCUACCACUUCUAAUUUAGAAGAUUUUGUCACUUGUUUACAAGUUCCUGAAAGCCAAAAGCAUGUAAUAAAUCCUCAGUCAACCAUGGUAACUCCACAGGCGUGCUAUGCUGGGGCCAUGUCAAUGUAUCAAUGUCAGCCAGAGCCUCAGCACACCCUUGUGGGUCAGAUGCCCUGCAAUCCAACAAUUCCAGGCCCACAGGCGUUUUUAAACAAGUUUCAGAACGGAGGAGGUUUAAGUGAAACAUAUCCUGCUGAAUUAAACAACGUAACUAACACUCAGCCCGCCACACAUCUUCAGCCACUUCAUCAUCCAUCAGAAGCCAGACCUUUCCCUGAUCUGACACCCAGCAGGUUUCUAUGAUUCCAAGCCCAGUUUGCACCUUGAUUUUUGGAUCAAAUCAGCAUGUGGAGGAUCACAAACUAAUAAAACUGUCGUCGGGCAUCCGCACUGUUACUACAAACCAGAUUUUAAUCUUUGUUUUUGAAAAGGAGUUUAGAAUAUAAUACCCGUGUAUAGUGGUCAUUAAAACAAAGUGUGCUGCCAGAGUAGUGAGGUGUCAUCUGCAUUUACAUCAUUCUGAGACUGCAGAACACACGAAGGUCAUCCAGGAGAACUUCAUAACUCAGAGAACUUUAUGUGAACUAUUUCUGUUAGAAAUAAAAGUGAAAAAAGUUUUGAUUCCACGAAUUCCUCACUAGUGUACCAAAUACGAAGUUAUAAAACUAACCUAUUUAUCUCAGAUGUUAGAGUAAAUGGUUUGGUGCUGUUAUAAAAAGGUAAUCUCAAUGCUUUUCUCCUGCACUGUAAAUCUAAGUGCCUCACAUUUUUUUCUACCUAUAGCACUGUAGGAUGUAUAUUUUAUAUAAAAUAUUCUCUUCCUUUUUUUAAAUUAAAAACAUUCCUUUGAGCACAAGUAUUAUUUGUAUUUCCUAGAUCCAAUUAUUUUUAUUAAUCCAGGCAUGUUUUAACUGCACUACUCACCCACUUUCUUCAGGUAAAGGGCAAAUAAUGAUUGAAAAGAUAUUUAUUAUGUGAUAUAGUUGCUUCUAGACUUUAAAUGUUGCUCUGUGCCUUAUGUUGAAGAAUUUGAAAGGAAAAUGUCUUUCCAAAUUAUUUCUUAAUUAUGUCAUAGAUAUUUGACAGUGGCACUUAAAUUUGAAGUGUUUUCAGAAGAAAGACAAACCACUGUUAACAUUUACUGAACUCUCCAUAGUGAUUAGUGGAAAGUCUCCUGUUAUAUGCAACCAUGUUUCUUAAAUUGCAAUGAAGAAAGAAGUGGCUUUAUGUCUAGCAUUUUAAACUUAGCAAAGCACUCAUAUUUCAAUGUGUAUAAAUUGUCUUCAAAAACUGUCUUGGAUCUCUAAUCCUUUAUGAUAUACUGACUUUAUAAAUUUCACCUUUUAAAACAGUGGAAACUUUUUCUCACAUUUGAGGAGUGUUAAGAUUAAAGAUAGCAGUGUUUGGUACAAAAGUAUUAUAAUGAAUGGUGCAUUGUAUAGCUACAAUGAACAAAAUUAUUUGUAAAAUAUUUUUAAUCCUUCAUUUAAAAAUGUUCAUACUUUAUAUAUGGUCAUAAUUAAUUUGAGUUUUAUGUAUUUUAUCCGUGUUUCUUCUUAAGAAAUCAGUUAAUGAAUUGAACUGCUUUUAAACUGAUACUAAAAAAAGAAAACUACACAAUUUGUUUACCUUGAUACAUUAAGUUGUUUUUAUGAUGUAGCAACCUUUAUUGUCAAUAAGGCAAGUUAUCAUCCUACCAAAUUUACUGUCUUCACCUGAUGUAAAGAAAAAAGAUGCCACUGUUUUACUUAGAUGUAACAUCUGAAGAGCAAAGACAAGUUUUUCAUGUAUUAUUGAAAAAUCUGAUGGAAUCUCCAAAUGAGAUGGAAUAUUAAAAUAUGUUUUUCAUUUCAUUUUUUUAGUAAAUUAAUGUAUAUAAAUGUGGGUUCAGUUAAAAUAAAUCUCAGUUCUAUGCAUUUUCAAUCAAAAUUUUGAAUCUUAAGAUUAAGUAUUGAAAAAAAUUGUCUGAAACAUUUCAUAAUUUGUA